UUGAGGCCUGCGCACGGCCCGUCUCUCCCGGGGUACGGUGUGGGUGUUGCGGCGGGUGGGGCAACCGGAGAAACCGGUUCAGUGUCGGGCUACUCGUCUGCGCGGUGAGUUCGUUCAGAAUGAGUUCUCGAGUGUUCAUUGGUAGACUGAGUCCUCAUGCUACAGAGAAAAAUGUGGAAAAGUUUUUCAAAGGAUAUGGGAGAAUUAAGGAAAUUGAUUUGAAGAAUGGUUUUGGAUUUGUGGAGUUUGAAGACUACAGAGAUGCAGAUGAUGCUGUGUAUGAGAUGGAUGGAAAAGAGUUAUGCAAUGAAAGAGUUACAGUUGAACAUGCUAGAGCACGCCCUAGAGGUGGACGUGGAGGGGGACGAUAUCAGGGUCGAUUUAACCAACGUUGGUCCCGCGGUGGAGGAAGUGGAGGAGGAAGAAAUGGGCCUCCAAUUCGUACAGAAAAUCGAGUCAUUGUUGAGAAUUUGUCUUCCAGAGUUAGCUGGCAGGACCUCAAAGAUUUUAUGAGACAGGCUGGAGAAGUUACUUUUGCUGAUGCACACAGGCACAAACUGAAUGAAGGGAUUGUAGAAUUUGCCUGUUACAGUGACUUGAAGAAUGCACUUGAUAAGCUCUCUGGCACUGAGCUUAAUGGUAGAAGGAUUCGACUGAUUGAAGAGCGCAAGCAGUACAGAUCUCGCAGCAGGUCCCGUUCCCGCAGCCGCAGUUCUUCCAGAUCUCGCAGUCGAUCUCGUAGUCGAUCUCGUUCCAGAGGCCGCAAGUCUUACAGUAGAUCAAAGAGUAGAAGUCGCAGUAAAUCACGUUCUCGUAGUAGAUCACCUGCUCCUGCUAAGGAGUCGAAAGGCCGCUCCCCUUCCCCAUCCAAGUCACCGGUGUCGGCUGAGCGUGCAAGAUCCCGUUCUCGGUCGCGGUCUCGUUCACGGUCAAAAUGCCGUUCCCGAUCACCUUCUGGUGAAAGUGCUGACUAAAUGUUAUUGUCAAAAGUGGACUUUUACCCCCAAGUGAGUGAAAGUUGAUGUAAAAUAUGGUAAGUAGGAAGUGGUGAAUUUCUGUCAAAGGAGUCUAGAUCUUUGUUUACUUAAAUGCAUAUGUAUAGUUAUUGGAAGUAAUUUUGAAUUGAUUAUAAAUUCACUUUAAUUCAGAAUGAUUUGUUUAACUGCUUAACGUGAAGUUUUGUUUUUGCAUUGAUUUCACUAAUGGAUCUUUUUUGGUUUUCAUCUAUCUGUAAUAUUGAAUGCAAUUGCAUAAAAUUGUUUUUCUUGUGCAUCCUUUAAAUAAAUAUUCUACAAAAAGGUGUAUGUUUAUAAUGGAUUGCACAAACCUGAUUUCUUGCAGAUGGUCAGUACUUUCUAAUUGCUAGGUAAGUUUUUUUUUAAGGAAUUUUCAGCGCAAGUCUUCAGUAUGCAAUUGGGUUAAGAAGUAACCCUAUUUUUAUUUUGUAAUGUUGAAUGUGCAUUAUUCUUUGUGUGGGAAAAUCUUGCCUUGUUUUCUCAUAGCUUUAAUAUUUCAAUAACACGCUGUCUUUUACCCCUAACGAUUGUCAUGCCCGAAUAGUCAUGGAUUAUUUGAGUAACUUGCUGUAUUGGUAUUGAACUAAAUGAAUUUUCCCAGAUAGUUGUCGCAUUGAAAUGUUUAUGAUAAAGCUACCAGCAUCUUCACAAUUGUACUGUUUUCUUUAGCAUGCUUAAGAGAUGCAUGAGAAUAAAUGUAGUUUCCCUUAUCUGGUAGAGGUAGAAUUUUUAAUGUCCUACAAAACACAAGACGGCAACAUUUUCACUUUUAAGUACUGUUAUUUCAUUGCCUUCAACUUUAAAAGUAAUCAGUUCAUUUCCAUGCAGCUACAUAAAUGUGUUUUGGUUUUAAAAGUAGUACAGGAGAUCUCCUUUGGUUCCAUUCCUUUAUCCUUGCUGAAGCAGUUGAUCUUUAGCUAAAUUUUCUUCCCAAGUAAGUAGUAAUUUAAGCAGUGUGGUGUAGCUUUUUCAAAGGUGGGGAGUACAGAGAAGCUUGUUUCCAAUACCUACGCUGUUUCAUAGGAAGCUAUUUGGGUAAAUAUUAAUAUUGGUUCUGAGGGACACGUUAAGUUUCCUUUCAUGCAGCAUCUUUAAAGUCCUAUGUUAAUUUUUCUAAUCUCGCAGUUGAUUUGAUCUAUAUAGAUAAUUAAAGUGAAUGCAUUGCAUAUUUCGCAGAUUUCCAAAUAAAAAAAAAAUUGAUUAAUUUGGAAUGAGAUUUUGUAAAGGCUGACUUCCUCUGAAACCAAAAGUGGUGUUGAAAAAUUUCCCUUGCAUACUGCAAAGCUGAUUUGUUUGAACUGAACAGGUUUUUGUAAUUUGACAAUGCAGAACUACUUAAAUGCUGUUACAGACGUAUCAGGCACACAGUUAUGAAUCACUCGGGACGCGCUACCUGAAGCUCAUUUUUGCCAUUAUAGCAGUCAAUCUCCGAGAACCCUGGAGCAACAACAAGAUAUGAGUCAGUAGACAUGAUGGUAAUUGUUUUGUUUACUGGUGCUUCACAACUGAGGACAUCCUAGCUGUGAAGAUAUGUAUUGUGUGCUGGACAGCAAAGAAUGUGGCUGUUAUAAUCUUUUGCACAAUUGCGGGGGAAGGGGUAGCACCAUAGUCCUUUCCGGCAUGUCUCUGCAACCCCUGAAGGGAUCCAGUAUCGGAUGUGGAAGAAAGCCAGCAAAUUGAUCAAGUAUUCCUAAGAACAGCCACCACAUCCAAACAAAUCCCUCCACAUCACUAGAUCCAUUGAUCAUGGACAUCAGGCAGUAUGCAAGUCAUAUGGUGACAGAUAUACCCCCUCACCCCUUCAGUAGGCUAGAACACUACAGCCCCCUCUUGGAACAUACCAUAUGGUGCACCUCUCAUGUGAUAUGUAAGAUCUGAUUGAUCUUAUCCAGUAGACGUAAGGACUUGUUUGUCUAUAUUCCAUUCUGACUUAAAGCAGCUAAAACAGUGAAAAUAACUUCUGAGCAGUCUUGGACUGAAUCUGUGUGAAAUUCACUGGCUGUAUAGCUGCAGUUUAGAAGAAUCAGUAGCCAUUGUUAUAUCUGCUAUAUUUUCUACUUGAGACAAUGUGGUGUUAUUUUAGAAUUGAUUUUAGGGCCUUGUGUUAUUAUAUCUAAUGAGGAUGUGCUCUUAUUGAGUAGAGAAUGUGAAGAACACAUAGAGCUGAUUAAGGAUUGUGGAAUUACAUUUCCUACAUUGUCAAUUUGUGAUAGGCCAGUUGAGCAGUGUUAUUUCUAUCAACUACUAAAGAUGUUAGAGGAAGUUAGUACACUUGAAAGGGUGAUGCUUGAGGUUGUUCAUAAACACAGAUUGGUUGAAAACCUCAAUAGGAUUCCCUGCAGAACACUCAGAUUACUUUUAUGAACUAAUUUCAAUACUUGAGCCAGGAAAAAGAACAACAUUGGCUCAUUGAGGGCUGAUCUUGCUUUACAUUGGAAAGGAGGAAUUCACUUUCAUUCCUGCUAUUGAACUGCCAGUGACCUCUGAAAAUGGAAGUGACACAGCGAAUUUGGCAUGCUGAUAACUUGCUAUCCCAAACAAUCAUUUCAUCUGUGCCUAAUGCCAGGACUUCUGUAAAGAACAGAUACUUUCCAUGGUGAAAGGUAAUAGUCUUCUCACGCGUUCCAACAUCAGUCCGUAAGUGAAGCAGCAAAAAAUGUUAAAUGUUACAGUAGUACUUAAUCGCUCUACGGUCAUAACCCACAUCUGUGUUAGACUAGCCAAUUUAGUCUAAAUUCCUUUGAAUGGUAUUCCAGUUGUUGCCAUUACUUUGUUCUUAUUCCACAUUCUUGCAACUUAUUUUCUCUCCAAUAUUUGUGAAAUAUUGAAUCGGUUUCCAAAACCCCGUGAGGCAGUGCACAGUUUAGAUCCUUCACGGUACUGAAAGAUAUCAGAGUUGAUGUAUUUUCAAAACACUUUCAAGGUAUGUGUAUAAAUGAAUUUGCAAAUUACUUCUGGCAAACAGUAGUAGAGUAGUUAAGAAAUUUGCAUUUAAAUAAGUGGUCAUGUCCCAAAGAACUUCAUAUUAAUUAAUUGUGCUAUAUUUUUCUCUGAACAUUCAACUCACUGGCUCACCUAAAGGGGCUGAAUUAGUUUAUCUUGCUUGGUACCGCGUACAUAAACUUAGACACUCCUGAUGGGUCAGUUAUUUGUUAGCAGAAAUUGGGGGUGGGGUUGGGAGUCUCAGUCAAGAUGAGAGAUGGCUUUCAUUCUAACUUUUUUCGCAUGUUGUCAAAUUGUAUUUUGCUACAUGUGGUUUACCUAAUACUAAAAUAAAAGGUUCUGCUAAAAUUUG